AUGGCCCUGAGCUCGAGGAAAUAUCGACAGAACACCGAGGCUGUCAGACAAGCCUACAGCAGUCCAGAUGGAGGUAAUACGAAACCCUUCACUCCUCAACUCACGCUUAACCUGGGCAUGAGGGUAUCGCAAGUGGCAUUUUCUGCAGAUGAGGAAUUCAUGGUUUUAUCGGCAGAGAGUGGAGGCGGAUUAGCUGUCUACCAAGUGCAAUCGCUAAUGCAGGGAAGUACACAACCUGCUUUUGGGUUAUCAACAAACGGAGUGUCUGUACGAGCCUUACUAGCCAAUCCGACGGCGGAAAAGGCAGAAUUCUUUGCCGUCGUUGAUACCAAUGGACAACUUAUGAUGGCAAAUCUAAAGUCAAGACAAUUUCAUAGUAGAGCGCAAGGGCAGGUCUUGAAAGAUGCCGUGAGUUGUGUAUCUUGGAGUAACAAAGGGAAGCAGCUAGUAGCGGGCCUGGCCAAUGGUGCAUGUAUUCAGUUGACACCAGAAGGCGAUGCUAAAGCAGAAUUCCCUGCUCCUCCAAGUCUACCAAGCGAGCAAUACGGUAAGCUAAGCGGACAGUACAAUUAUAACAUCCUCGUGCUCACCUGUAACAGUAUCAAUGAUUAG